AAUGGGUAUGGACUUGGAUAUAAUGCGCCCCAACACCCGAUGUUGCUUGACUCAGACAAUGCGACAUCUUCAGCUGGAAGCCUGGUAGUUUCCGAUCGUCCGCACUGGUCUCGUGCAGCAUCCAAAAUUGAUCCAAAGAAGUCUGUCUGCCUCCAACCCGUAUAAUAACACCAUAACCACAAAGGUGGAUUAGGCAGACAUGCAAGAUCCAAGAAAACUGCCUCUGUCAGUGUCUCAUUCGCUGGUCUCACUGGAUCGAAGAACUGCAUUGCCUCAAUGGUAGUGACAUCUUCCUGCUGCAGUAGUAGUAUCGGAGCCCAACCGACGUCAUCGCAUCUGCUGCAACUAUAGAAAGCUAACCUUCUCGUAUCACCGUCCUUGCUACUACUACCCUCCUCUUUAACUCCCUAACAUACAUAGUGAAUUGCUUCUCAUACUUGUCACCUUCCACUACGGAUUCAUCAUCCAUCACGAUGCCUGUCAUCCCCCAAGGCUCCGACUUCCCGGCUGAACAAGGCAGCAACAAUAACAACUCCUCCACAACUCAGGAGCAAAGAAAUUCCAGCCAAGGAACCCAAAAAGCCUCGAUGCUUGACCACUUGUCCAAGGGUCCUCAAAUUCCUGACAACAUGCCACCCAAGGUUUCAAGGGAAGAGAUCGAGGCACGCAAGAAGGAGCUGAACAAGUAAUUAAAACACCAUGAGGAUAUGAUAGUUGUUGUGAUUCGUGAUUCUCUUGUAUCAGUUCUGACCUAGUACA